AUGAACAUCUGUUUUGAACUUCCAAACAAACAGCAUCGUCAAUGUCAGCUUCAGCUUCACCUCAAAAAAAUACGGAUACUUUCGACUUUGCCGGCUGCUGUCAACGUCAAUGAAUCCCUUAAGAAGGUCAAACAAAACAACCCUACUGGAUCAGGAAGUUCCUCGAGUACAACUAAAUCAGAAUCAAUUUCUCCAAAGAUACUAACUUCGUCUCCAAUUCAGCAAAGCAAAACUGGCGUUCCUACAGUCUGUAUUAGUGCACCUAUAACACACAACAUCAAAGUUCAACAUCCAUCACAAUGA